CGGCCUCAUUAUAUAUUUUGACUGACACUUUGCACUCUAGCUGAAACAUGUUAGCUUUCAAGUUGGGAUCUUCUCCGCCGCCACCACCACCACUACCAUCACUGACACAAGCAAAGAAACGUGGACGUUUCAGGGUUUUUGCUGGAAAUUUUAAAACUGGUGCAGGCACAGCUGGUUCUGAUGAUGGGUUUCCACCAUUUCUUCCUAAGGAGGUUGAGAAAAUCAAAGACCCAUUUGCUCGUUCCUUGGCUCAGCGGAUUGAGAGGCUCCCUGUAAAAGUUGGAUUCUCUGAAAGUUGUAUAAUGAGUAGUUGUGUGAAACCACUUAUACAAAGUGAGACCAAUCCAGUGGUUCUUCUCCAUUGCUUUGACAGUUCUUGUUUAGAAUGGAGGUGCACAUACCCCUUGCUUGAGGAGGCUGGUUUGGAAGCUUGGGCCAUUGAUGUUCUUGGGUGGGGCUUCUCUGAUUUAGAAAGGCUUCCACCAUGUGAUGUGGCAUCCAAGCGUCACCACCUCUAUCAGCUUUGGAACUCUUACAUCAAAAGGCCAAUGAUACUAGUUGGACCGAGCCUUGGUGCUGCUGUUGCAAUUGACUUUGCAGUCAAUCAUCCAGAAGCUGUAGAAAAGCUGGUUUUGAUUAAUGCAAGUGUGUAUGCGGAAGGCACAGGAGCACUAGCCAGGUUACCUAGAUCAGUAGCAUAUGCUGGGGUUUCUUUGUUGAAAAGCAUCCCAUUACGCCUUUAUGCAAAUAUAUUGGCCUUCAAUGGCAUUUCGUUAGCCACAGUAGUAGAUUGGACCAAUGUGGGACGCUUACACUGUCUGCUUCCUUGGUGGGAAGAUGCAACCAUCAACUUCAUGAGUAGCGGGGGCUACAAUGUUAUUGCCCAAAUAAAACAGUUAAAGCAGAAAUCACUUCUCAUUUGCGGCGAGUGCGAUCAUAUAGUCAACUACAAGCAAGUGGUGUUUGCAAAUAUCAUGAGUCAUAGUACGAAACUCAGCCUUUGCACUGGACUUGGCUACAACUGCAUGUUUUUUGCUUCUCCAAGUGACCAACUUACCUCCAACAAAGGUGCAACAUCUUGAGGUGGAUUGUCUAUCUCUACUAGAGCCUGCCCAAUUUGCAUCUGUAUAGGACUCUACUGAUAAGUGAUCAUGAUUAGAGAAGAGUAAUCCUCAACUAGGAGCUGAUUUCAAAUAACUGAGGAUAUAGUAAACCAAAUACAUAUGUGAAACUCCGAGGUGCAUGCAUUAACCUGGCUAACCACACUGAGAGAGUAACCAAAUUCUGGAUGAGUGAAAAAUAAAUCCGUCUCCUAACUAAAUGUUGGUAUCUCCCUUUAUCAACCUCUACACCUUCAGGAUCUUCAUCCAAUCUAUGAUUCCGCUCAAUCAGAGGACAUAUUUCCAUGGGAUAUGAAUAUAUACCUUGCCUGGACCUUCCUACUUCUUUACUUGGGAAGUAUUUCAAAUCUCCAGGUCCUUUAUUUCAAUUUCCCUAGUUAAAUGUCCUUUCAAGCCUCUUACUUCCUCAGGACCAUCACCUUUUACAAAUAUAUCAUCAACAUAAACUAUAGGAGCAGUAACCUUAUAUUAAGGCGGGUGCCUGAUAAACAAGGUGUGUUCACUUUGAGCCUGCCUGUUUCUGUAACCCCACAUGGCCUGGCUAAACCGUUAAAACCAUGCUCUGGGAGAUUGUUUCAAACUAUAUAUGAUUUCUUCAAUCUGAAUGCCUUCAUGAGUUGAGGGUUUCGUCAAACUUGGAGGAACAUCCAUGUACAUCUCCUUUUUAAAUCAUCAUAGAGGAAGUCAUUUUUUACCACCAGCUGAUUCAGUGUCUAGAUCAGAUUGGUUGCUAAUGGGAAAAGGAUACAGAUGGAAUUCAUGUGUGAACCCCAUUGCAACUAGUCUAGCAUUGUACCUCUCUAUGGACCCAUUUGCCUUGUGCUUAACUGAAUAACUGUAUACACCAACUUGCAACCCGCUGGUCUUUUUUCCUUUAGGCAACUCAACGAAUUCCUAAGUACAUGUCUUUAUUACAGUUUGGAUAAUGUGUACAUUUUACUAGUUGCUGGUGCAAAUAUG